GAUAAUUUUAUGGGAAUUAUUACACCAAAUGAUUUUAGACCAACAUUUCCACCAUCUAUAAGCGAAAAUAAAUUAGUUAAUUUUAAAGAAAAUGGAGAAAAACCAUUGAGAAUAUCUAGUUCUUUUAUAUAUUAUCGUAAAAUGUUUGUCAGAGAAUUUAAAUUAAAAUAUGGUAGAGUUCCAUCAAUGACUAAAUUAUCACCUAUAAUCUCUCAACGUUGGAAAGAAGAACCAGAAUACGUUAAAGAAACAUAUACAAAUAUUGUGUCUGCAGCAAAAAAACGAUACGAAAAAUUAUGGCCUAAAUACAAUAAAAAAUCUAUCUCUAGUAAAAUUAAUACUGAUAAACUUGAUAAUGAAUAUAUUGAAAAUAAAACCUUUAUUAAUAAUAAACAGGUUUAUCAUGAUAACUCUCAGAUCAAUUAUAAAAAUGAAAUUUUUUUUGUUCCUGAAUAUACAAUAUAUGAUUCUACUAUGCUUUAUUCUCCAAAAUAUUAUUUUAACGAAUUUCUAAAUCAAACAAAUGAAUUUGAUUAUUUUUAUUAUUAA